AAGCGCUUGACCACAAAAUUGAGUUGGUACAUAGACAAAGCAGUCUGGAGGGUUGGACACGUAAAGGUCUUUGCAUUUGGUAUUUAAACGAACAAAUGCGAGUAAUAGCACAUCAGUCUACUUGCAGUUGGCAGACAGUCAAGGCAUCCGACAUCAACAUUCAAUAUGAACAAGUUUGUGGCUUUCGUAGCUUUCGUUCUCGCAGUUGCCUGCGCUGAACCUGAGGCCAGCCCUUAUGGUGGUUAUGGAGGCCGAGGAGGUUAUGGUGGUUAUGGUGGCUAUGGCGGUUAUGGUGGUGGCUAUGGCUAUGGCCAUGGCCAUGGCAAACGAUCUGCUGAAGCUGAACCUGGCUAUGGCGGCUAUGGCGGCUAUGGCGGUGGUUACGGCCGUGGAUAUGGCGGCGGUUAUGGCGGUGGCUAUGGACACAGCUAUGGAUAUGGCAAGCGAUCAGCUGAAACCACCGAGGUUGAAGUUGAGGCCGAGGCUGAACCCGGAUACGGAUAUGGCGGUUAUGGUGGCUAUGGACAUGGCGGUUACGGCCGUAGCUAUGGCGGAUACGGACAUGGUUAUGGCAAGCGAUCUGCUGAAGCUGAGCCCGGAUAUGGUGGUUAUAGCAGCUAUGGCGGUUAUGGUCAUGGCCGUAGCUACGGUGGUUAUGGCCAUGGAUAUGGCUACGGCAAGUAAUUGCUCUGCUUUAAAUAUCAUCAACUAGCAACCGUUUACCCAACCCACUGAUCAGGUCAUUGAUAUAAUUGUUCCAGAAUUCAUCUGUUAAUCAUUUGGAAAUAUAUCCCAAACUUGUUAAAA